GCCCGGCGCUUCCACCGCGGCGUUCCCAGCUGGCGGCCGAGCGCGGCUGGCGUGGGCUCGUUCCGGGUGGCCGGCGACGCGCGGCUGGUGCCGACCGUCCGCUGUCGCUGGCGGCCUAAAACAGGUUAACCCUACCGUGACGUGAAGCGGCAGCACCGGGCCGCCUCCGUGGCCCGCAUAGGUAACAGAUGCGGGUGAAAGAUCCAUCAAGAGCCAACCCCGAGAAACCAAAGAGAAGCAAAAGGCCUAACAGGCCGCAGGAUGAGGACUCUUCGGAUGAUAUUUCAGGCUUAACCUGCCAGCACGUGAGCCAAGCAGUGGAUGUGCAUCAUGUGAAGAGAGCAGUAGCUCAGAGCGUCUGGUCAAUAUGUGCAGAAUGUCUGAAGGAGAGGCGGAUGAGUGAUGGUGAGCCUGUGGCACCUUCAGACAUAUGGCUGUGUCUCAAAUGUGGCUCUCAGGGAUGUAGUAAGAACUCAGAAGGCCAGCAUUCUCUGAAACACUUCCAAACAGCACGCACAGAACCUCAUUGCAUUGUUAUCAACCUCAGCACAUGGAUCAUAUGGUGUUAUGAAUGUGAUGAAGAGCUGUCAACACAUUGCAACAAAAAAGUUUUGGCUCAGAUAGUUGACUUUCUUCAAAAACAUGGUUCCAGGGCUGAACCAAGUUCAUCAAAAAUCAUACGACUCCGUGAAGAAAACAGUGAAACAAGUGAAAUAUUGAAAGGAAAAAGUUCUGGUAAUGGUGCAUCCGUUCCAGUUAAAGGAAUAAAUAAUUUAGGAAAUACGUGCUUUUUUAAUGCUGUCAUGCAGAACUUGGCACAGACUCACGUACUAAAUGAACUGGUGUAUGAGAUGAAGGAGAAAGGAACAAAGUUAAAAAUCUGUCAUACUUCAGACUCCCAAUUGGAUCCUUUGGUGGUAAACCUCUCCAGCCCGGGACCUUUGACUUCAGCGAUGUUCUUGUUCCUUCACAGCAUGAGGGAGGCUGGAAAAGGUCCUCUUUCUCCCAAAGUGCUGUUCAGUCAGCUUUGUCAAAAGGCUCCUCGAUUUAAGGGGUUCCAGCAGCAGGACAGCCAGGAGCUUCUGCACUAUCUGUUGGAUGCGAUGAGGAUUGAAGAAACAAAGCGUAUACAAACUGGUAUCUUAAAAGCAUUUAAUAAUCCAACUACUAAGACGGCAGAUGAAGAAACUAGAAGAAAAGUCAAAGCAUAUGGAAGAGAGGGUGUGAAGAUGAACUUCAUAGAUAGGAUCUUUGUUGGUGAAUUGACUAGCACUGUCAUGUGUGAGGAAUGUGAAAAUAUUUCAACAGUAAAAGAACCUUUCAUUGAUCUUUCACUUCCUAUAAUAGAGGAGAGGGUUGCAAAACCUGUGCCUUUGGGAAGAACAGGUAAAGGUAAAAGUGUACAAGAGGCAGAUCUUGGUCAGUAUAACUGUUCUUCUAUCGCUACACUGAAUAAUCAACCCAAAAUUGUGAAGAAACAUGCUUUAACAAAAGAUAAGAAUCAAUUGAACCAGGAGAGACGGCUUGCCAGAAAAGCUUCCUCUAAUGAAGAAGAAAGAAGUCCUGUUAUCAUGCAGGAAAAAACCAAAAAGCUUGAGCUGGAAGGUAGCUCUGGUGUCCUGUACUCCAAAGACACAGCUGCUGACUCCACUGUAAAUGGAAGUCAGACGGAUGGCAGUGAGAAGGAAGCCAGCCGCUCUGAAAGCAGCUUUGAUGCAGACAGUGAAGCCUCAGAAAGCGAAAGUGCUUCUAAGCAAAAAGCUUUCAGCCUGUCCAGCAACACGUCUGGUUUGCACGUCAACCACAUAAAUGUUAAAAUGCCGCACAACAAACCAAGUGAUAGUAAUGAAGAGAUGAUUUCCAGUGCCAUAUCCAAACUCAACUUCUGUGAUACUAUAAAUGAAGAUAAAAAAUCGAGCCGUGGAGAUCCGGCAGUAGGCUUAUCGAAUAAUUCCACGUUCUCAGUAGACAAAUCCCCGCUCUCCCAAAACCCUCAAAAUGCUUUCCAGACGCUUUCCCAAAGCUACAUAACUAGCUCAAAGGAAUGUUCUGUUCAGUCCUGCCUUUACCAGUUCACCUCUGUAGAGCUCCUAAUGGGGAACAACAAGCUUUUAUGUGAGAGCUGCACAGAAAGGAAACAGAAGUAUCAGAAGAGAACCAACUCCACAGAAAAGAAAACGGAAGGUGUUUACACAAAUGCUCGGAAACAGCUGCUGAUUUCUUCAGUUCCUGCUAUUCUUAUUCUCCAUCUGAAAAGAUUCCACCAGGCUGGUUUGAGUCUACGGAAAGUAAAUAGGCAUGUGGAUUUCCCACUGAUUUUAGACUUAGCACCAUUUUGUGCUGCAUCUUGCAAGAAUGUUACGGAUGGUGCAAGAGUGCUAUAUAGUCUUUACGGAAUAGUGGAGCACAGUGGGUCAAUGAGAGGUGGUCAUUAUGCAGCGUAUGUGAAAGUCAGGACACCCUCCAAGAAAUUACUAGAGCAUAUUUCUACCACUAAAAAUGUUCUGGGUUUAAAAGAAGCCAUGGGAGCAUCAGGAGGACAGUGGGUGUAUGUUAGUGAUGCCCAUGUUCAGAUGGUUCCAGAAUCAAGAGUACUAAAUGCACAAGCAUAUCUACUUUUUUAUGAAAGAUUAUUAUAUUAAUUCUCAACAAUUUAAUUUAAAAUAUGUUAGUGGUUAUUUAGUUUAUCUUAUUUAAAGCUGCAGUGGUAAGAGUACCUGUAAAUAUUGUGCCUUUAUCUCGUAGAGAAUUUAUCGUAUGUUGACUCUGAAGUUCAGUCAAGCUAUUACAAAUAUCUGAAUGGUUCUCUUAAAAGUAUGCACUUUGCCAAAUAUUUAAAAUUCCUGGAUUCAUUAAAAUACAGUACCAUUAGAAUGUAAGAUGAUGUCCUAUCCUACUGAGGUCUACGGAAAGUUUGUUUUUUAUUUUAAUAAAGAUAAGCUUUCACCCAUAGUUUUACAACAGUUGAGAAUAAAAAUACUGAUAGCGUUAAGUGCCUGGAUUUGCUGGUGUACAGUAACAAUAUAAAGUAUUUCAACUUUUUGUGAUCUAGUUUAGAUCCUUCCCAUCACUGGGUUGGAUGUCAGCUGUCAAGAUUUCUGCAAACAAGAACCUGUCAAAUCGUGUUGCUUCCACAUGUAAUUGGAAAGCACAGUGCUUCCAGAAUGGAGUAACAACAGCUGUCUCUGGGUGCUGCUGCAGUGCACUUUCCCAGUAGAGAUGGGAAUAGAUUGGGAAAACAUGGCUUCCAUAAAGUGACAGUGAAUCCUCAGACACCUGGCCAGUACCCUUUCAGCUGUCUCCAACUGGCACUGGUAUAGCAAUGUACUCCUGUUCUAAUAUAAAUAUAUACUUGUUGAGCAUAUGUAUAUCCUUGGAUAUACACACACACACACAGGUGUGUGUGUGUGUGUGUAUGGACACCAUAAAUCCAUGAAUAUAUAUUGUCAUUUUACCUACUAGGAAAAAGAAUUGCAAAUACUUCUGUAUUUAGUAAAUUUUCAACUUCAUAAUUAUGAGAAUGUACAGCAUAUAUAGCAUAUAAGCUUGGUACAAAUAUGUAUGGAGUUUAAGUGUAACUAGGUAAUUCUGUUACUUUUGGUUCUAAACAUGAAUUUGUUUAUCUGUUCCUGAAUACUUUUCUCACAGGAAUAAUAAACUAUAAAUUAUUUUUGCA